AUGGCAGAUAGAGAGGCUCACAGACGGAACAGUUGCCACAAGAACAAGGGAACAGAGAACGGGGCGAAGAGACUGAGGUUGGGCAGGAAGACGUCCGGGGUCACAGCACAAGCACACAAGCGAAACAGUGAGCAGAAGAGGAAGCUGAGCAGAGAAAGAAACAUGCGGUUGAGAAAGCGGAGCACAGGGAGUCGGGUCAGAGUGAGAGCAGACGACUACGUCGAGCUUCCUCGAAACUACAGAGAUAAGGUGGUGUACGACGCGUGUGGGACGACAGAGGCGCUGGGGCAGGUAGCAGUGAGAGCAGCAGAUGCAGAAGGGGCGGUGUGGGGGUCGGAGGCUAGCAGCGACUUCGAGUUCGACAUGUCGAUGCCGUCAACGGACGAGGAGGACGGCGAAGAGCACGAGCCGUGGCAAGGGGAGGGGCCAGGAGAGGCGGCAGCGGAGGACGGGUCUGUGAUUCCAGAGCUGGACUUGAACGAGUUGAUUGUGCUGGCGAACCAGCUUGUGCGAAACUCGCCGCCUUCGGUGACGACCGGCGGCGGGGUGGGCUCCGGCCGCAGCCACAGCGGCCGCAGCAGCGUCGCCAACGUGCACAUCCGGUUCCCGUUGAUCCGCACGAUCCACGAGGCCAGAGACGUGAUAAUGCAGUACGAGCGCCUGAGCGGCGGCCGGGCAGGGACCGGGGCUGGCGGGGAGGCUGGAGAAGGCGCCGGAGAAGGCGGCGACGGGGCAGAGACGACAGCCGACGACAGGGCCGGCCGGGACGGAGAGGUCGUGUGGGACUCGAUUGUGCAGGACUACUCCGGGAUCUCCAUCUCCGGCACGCGGGCGUACGAGGCGGCGGCAGCAGCAGCAGCCGGGGAAGACGAGGCCGGCGAGAACGUGAACGUGAACGUGAACCUGGACAACAACGUCAACCUCGAGAACAUGCACCGCCAGCCCGUGUGGUUGGAGCUUGCCGGGCUCGCCACCGUGACGAUGUUCAUGUUCGCCGUGUACCGGUUGGUGACGAACCUAGUGUCGAUCUCCGCGUUCUCCGAGAACGUGGUCGGCGACGUCGUGGGCUUCGUCGAGUACAUCAACGACAAGACCUACUACAAGCACGUCAGCCACCCGACCGACCACACGUCGCUCAUAUACAAGUUCGGCCUGAUCAUCAAGCGGGAGAUGCCGUACCUGCCGGACACGGUCUGGCUGGUGCUGACCGUGGUGGCCUUCUCCGCGUACACAGUCCUCACAAGCGGUGUCGUGCUCACAAGCAUGCUGUUUGCCACCAUGUGUCUCACCAUGUGUGUCGUGCUCCGAUGGCGGCACCUCGGCGACUUCAUUCUCCGUGUCGUGGACAACGGAGAGCGCUGUUUGUAG